AUGGACCUCGCCGAGGUCGAGGCCAAGGCCAAGGCUCCGGCUGCUCGCAACGCGGCGACGUCGCUCGAGCCUGUCUGCGUGCCGGCGCCGCUCGUGCUCAGCAGUGUCGCGACGACGCCCACCGUCAGCUUUGGGACCAUCGCCCCGCGGGCGUCGGUGACGCGCGCGCUCGCUGUGAAGAACGUCGCGCCGCGGCCGCAGCGGCUGGAGGUGCGCGGCGUCGGCCGCGGCGGACUGAGCGUCCAGCCGCCGCUCCUCGAACUCCCGCCGCACGGCGAGGGGGAGCUCUGCGUCACGUGGGCGCCGCUCUCGCACGGCUCGAUCCCAAAGCGGCUCGAGCUGCUCUGGAACCGCUCAAACACGCUGGCGGCGCAGGCGCACGACGAGCGCAUGCCGCUCAGCCCGAGCCGGCUCACAAACAACCGCGCCUCGUCCUUCUCGUCCAAGCCGCGGCCGAGACGCAACUCUCGGCUGGGAGACGACCUGCUCGUCUUUGACGAGGGCGCCGCGUCGUUGCAGGACGCGGUCAACCGGCGGCGGAUGACGACGCUGCUGCGUGGCCCAUCGCUCCGGCCCGUCAUCGCGCGCCUCGAGGCCGAGGUCGAGUCGGGCUUGCUGUGCGUGCGGCCGAGCCUCAACCUCGCCGCCGACGUCGGGCAGCGCGACAACCUCCUCUCGCUCCUCGGCUGCUACAACCCGCUCUGGCUCCGGCUCGCCCUCGAGGCCAUCUCGGGCGAGAUGGCGCCGCUCGGCGCCGCGGCGGACGACGCGCACGCGCUGCGCAA